ACAUAGCUUUGGUCCCUACCCUAUUCUUCCCACACAUCAUGGGUUAUUUUUGGCAGGAGACGCAGCUGAUUAUAGGAGUUUUUGGCCCUCCCUAAUAUUUAUUUGACAGCCCGCUGUCCCUCUCAGAAGACUCUCUUGUAGGAAAGGGAGCUGUCGUGUAAGUUUUAUAAAAGCUCUCUUGCUCUCUUUUUCCUCGUGAGCUCACAUUUAACACGCACUGACUGUAAGCGUCACGGCUCCUUUCGGAUGAGCUCAGCUACAGGCACCAACUAUCAUCAGCUCUCUGAAACAUCGUCACUGAAGACGCACCCAUCUCCACCGACUGCGCUCGCACAUAGUGGAUCAAACGAUACGCGUAAAAAGUUUUCUGACUAUAGUUGUAGUCGUGUAUUUAUUUCACAGAGCAGCGUUCUAGGUGGACUGUUCUACGACUUUUUCUGUUGCAAUUAGCCUACUGUUUAAGCGUCCACUGCCGGUGUUUUUUUAAAAGAUCAUGGAGAACACCCCUAUCCCUGUCGUUACUGUCCAGACAACACCUUUUGAUGACCAAAGACCAGGGACUAAUGGGAUCAGGAAAAAGACAACGGUGUUCGAGAGCAAGAAAAACUAUUUGCAAAAUUAUAUCCAGAGUGUCUUGUCCUCCAUCGACCUGCGGGACCGCCAGGGAUGUACAAUGGUUGUGGGCAGUGACGGGAGAUACUUCAGCCGAACAGCAACCGAGGUCAUUGUCCAAAUGGCCGCAGCGAACGGGAUUGGGCGUCUGGUUAUUGGCCACAACGGCAUCCUGUCCACCCCCGCGGUGUCCUGCAUCAUCAGGAAGAUCAAGGCCAUCGGGGGCAUCAUUCUCACCGCCAGCCGCAACCCCGGGGGCCCCGCCGGAGACUUCGGCAUCAAGUUCAACGUCGCCAAUGGAGGUCCUUCCCCAGACACAGUCAUAGACACGAUCCACCAGGUGAGCCGGACUCUGGAGGAGUACGCCAUAUGUCCAGACCUGCACAUCGACCUCUCCAGACUGGGCCGCCAGGAGUUCGAUCUGGAGAACAAGUUUAAACCCUUCCGAGUUGAGAUCGUGGACUCUGUGGAGGUGUACCUGAACAUGCUGCGAGGGAUUUUUGACUUUGGUGCCAUCAAGAGUCUUCUGACAGGGCCAGACCAACUGAAGAUCAAAGUAGAUGCCAUGAGUGGAGUGAUGGGUCCUUAUGUGAGGAGGAUCCUGUGUGACGAGCUGGGGGCCCCGGCCAACUCGGCUAUAAACUGCAUCCCCCUGGAGGACUUUGGGGGCCAGUGCCCCGACCCCAACCUCACCUACGCCACCGCACUGGCAGAUGCCAUGAAGGGCGGAGAGUUUGGAUUCGGAGCGGCCUUCGAUGCAGAUGGGGACCGCUGUAUGAUCCUGGGCCAGAACGGCUUCUUCGUGAACCCCUCGGACUCUCUUGCCGUGGUGGCUGCCAACCUCUCCUGCAUUCCCUACUUCCGCCAGACGGGCGUCAGGGGCUUUGCCCGCAGCAUGCCCACCAGCACUGCUCUAGACAGGGUGGCCAAGGCCAUGAAGGUGGCCGUGUACGAGACCCCUGCUGGCUGGAGGUUCUUCGGGAACCUGAUGGACUCGGGACGCUGCUCCUUCUGUGGAGAGGAGAGCUUUGGGAUGGGCUCGGACCACAUCCGGGAGAAGGAUGGCCUGUGGACGGUGCUGGUCUGGCUCUCCAUCAUGGCCGCUCGUAAGCAGGGUGUGGAAGAGAUUGUCAGGGAACACUGGGCCAAAAUGGGACGCAACUACUUCUGUCGGUUUGAUUAUGAGGCCAUCGAUCCCCGUGCUGCCUUCUACCUGAUGAAGGAACUGGAGGCCACCAUCUCAGACAAGGCCUUUUGCAGCCAGAAGUUCGCCGUGGGGAACAACGUCUAUGCCGUGGACAAGACCGACAACUUUGAAUACACCGACCCCACCGAUGGCACCGUGGCCCGCAACCAGGGCCUGAGGAUAAUCUUCUCGGACCAGUCCAGGAUCAUCUUCCGGCUGAGUGGGACUGGGGUGGGGGUGGGGGCCACCAUCCGCAUCUACGCAGAGAGCUACGAGAGGGACCCCGAGAGGCACAACAGAGAGCCACAGGUGGUGCUGGGCCCUCUCAUCGCGAUUGCACUGAAGAUCUCCAACAUUCACGAGCGGACCGGCCGCCGAGGGCCUACCAUCAUCACCUAAAGCCACGUCCUCACCACUUCCCACCUCAAAACAUCCAUCAACGAAGUUGGAGAGCAAGAACGUACAGAAAUCCUUUUCCAUCCAUACGCCAACCCACUCCAGCUUUCCCCAAUUGGACAGACCAUCGCAUGACGGCCAUCAUCGUCCUGAGACCUCCUCACCUCACCUCAUCCCACCCGCACGCACGCAUGCACGCACACACACACACACAAACACACACACACACACACGGUCAGGUAAACCUUCUCCACCCGAUUGUUCGGACUACCACUCCUCAUCAGGGGCCAAAGCCACGAGUCAGAUGUCCACACAUACAGAACAGAGUCCCAGACUUUCUCUGCACUCUCCACAUCUUGACACUUAAAACACACACACACACACACACACACACACACACACACACACACACACACACACACACACACACACACACACACACACACACACACACACACACACACACACACACACACUAUCUCCAGAUCUCCAUGCUCCAUCCUUCGUCCCCCUCUCCAGCUUACUGUCGAUGUGCUAGAGAGUAGAGUAUCAUCAUCAAGAGCAACACCAGGACACUAUGCACACUGCUGUUGCUUUCACACUGACAUCGACGUCACCAAACUCCUUCCCUGGCCACCGUUUUGAACACGCAAAAUGUAAACUUGUUGAGUGUGCACACACUUUGUUCUAGACUAUGCACUGAUAGACCACCCUUGUGAGCCUGCAGCACAAGGUCAGUAAGUAAGUAAGUAUGCCCUUUAUUAUCCCACCGUGGGGAUAGACAUUUGCCUGUUUGCCACUGAGCAACUGUUUCAAUGUGCAUCAUGUCCUUAUCAUAGUGUUGGAAUAUAGCCAUAGCUGAACGGUUUUAUUGAUCAAAGCACAGACAGCUUUUCAAACCACUAAUUUAGUAGCAAGAUCUCGGAUGUCUUUGUGUGAGAUGUGGAAUCACAACGUGUGAACAGAGAGCUCCCUAUAUGAUUUUUAUUAUUUUAUAUAUUUUUGUUUGUAUUUGUUUUGUUUGACUCUACGACAUUAUCAUCAGUGGUGGGCAAACUGGAUUAAUUAGCUAUAAUCCAGUUCCACAUUUACAGUUCAUUUACAGUUUACUAUCCCGUUGCACAUAUUCCAAAUGACCUGGUUUUACUUGUCCAACUCAACCAGGAAAUUGCCUGGCUGAAUGUCCACCUGGUUGAAUUGAACAGGUAGAACUGGACAUUUGGAAUAUGUGGCACUGGAUUGUAAACUGUAAAUUAAUCCAGGUUGCUCGUCACUGAUUGUCAUUUAAUUUCUGUCUGUUCUAAUGAAAUGCCUGUGUUUCUCUUCUGAAGCCUGUUGAAUUUGAGGUGCCUUAACAUUAAUGCAAGCACUUUCAAUACGGAAGCAAUGAGGUUGUCAGCAGGGGCGGAACACUAUACAAGAUAACCUGUGGAGUAAUACAAGGGAGCAUAGCUUUAUUGUCUUCUUCAUUUUCUUGUAUUACUUGUCUUUAUUUAAAUGUUUCUACACACCACUUGUAUUUUCUAUUCACCAUAGGGCAAAGUAUUAAGAAUGAACUUUGUCAAAGGAUUCUGUUUUUGUGUCUUGUGAGUGAAGAGAUGUACGGUAUGUUGCACCUCACUAUCUGUUAAAGUUUCAUCCUCUUCUUCAGUUGUGUUGGUAGUUUCAACUUCUUAAGCUGGUUGGUCUGGUAAAAUUCUUUAGAAUAAAAAGUAUGCACAUCCCACGUCACUGAGGCCAGAUUCAGGGCAUAAACAUAAACAGGAUGUUUCCAAGAUGCGUUUUCCGAUUGCCUUCAUGUAUAGUAUAGACAGAGCUUUGACCAUUGGACCACUGAUUUUGAUGACAUAUGGAUAGUGUUAGUUUUACACUGGUCAGUGCAAGCAGACAGCAAAUUCAAUGUAUGGUAGUACUACAGCAGGCCUUGAUGCACGUUAUUGUGGCCAAUAUGCCAGUGCUAAAUUACAAUGCCUUUGAACUCUCCAAUAUGCAAUUUGAGUACCUACAGUUUCCUGUUCAAACUGCCUGGCACACGAACUGAAGCAGAAAAGCAAUCAAUCUUAUUUUUUACUUUUAUCAUUUUUUGGGUUUUUCUUUAAAUAACAGACACUUUUUAUAUAUAAAGCUUUGCAGCCAACACUGUGCACAGUUGUGUCACUUUCUUCAGAAAGGGAUGCAUUUUUUUGCUUCUGUAUGUUGAAAGUGAAACCCAGUUCGUUAUUUUAUUGUAUAAUUUAUAAAAGUGAUAAUUCAUAGGAUUUUAAGGCCACAGUUCAGUUUUACUGUUUUAAAGAAUACAUAACAUGGACUACAGGUCAUUUGUUCUACAUGGACUGGUGGUACGGGAAAUACGUUGUUUUUUCAUUCAUUAUAGUUUUUUACAUAUGAAAUGUGAAUUGCUUUAUCGUUUUCUGUUUAAAAAAGGGCUUAAAUUACUUAUCUCACCAUAGUUAUAGUAGGCCUAAUUUAGCAAGAGGAGUGAUAAUUAGUAAAUAUUGCAGUCCACGUGGCACAAUGACCACGGCUGCAGUGCAUGCUAUUUUCUUUUUAUCAGCCAUGUUGUUAAUGUAAUAAAGGCGUGGGGGGAAUAUUACAACAGCAUCCACUGAAUGACAAUAGCAGUUACAUUUCAAGAAGCAAACAUGAAGGCAUUGUGCCCACAGGCUGGCAUGAGCAUCAAUGGUUGUAGUGCAACAUGGACCGCAGUGCAAUAUUCCAUGGAAACCUUUACAGGUUAACACAUUGUUCUCAGCAGUACUGAGCUGUUAAGGUCGGCGGGAAAUAAAACUUUUUAUGUGUGCUUGCCUUCUCUUGCUGUAGUUGAUUAAUCUGUUUUGUGUGCGUGUGCUUGGAGUCUUUUUCUCUUGUUCUGAUUAGAGUGGGGGCAGACUAUUUAAUCUUUGUGGUGGAAAAAUUUUAAGCAACUCUACUUCCUUGAUAGAAAAAAUUGAACCCUUACAAUCAGUCUGUGUGCUGUCGUGUGCUGCUUGUUAGGCAAGAAAUGAUGUAAUAUCAAAU